AUGGCUGAUGAUAUUGACAUUGAAGCAAUGCUUGAAGCUCCUUAUAAGAAGGAUGAGAACAAAUUGAGCAGUGCCAAUGGCCACGAAGAACGCAGUAAGAAGAGAAAAAAGAGCAAGAGCAGAAGUCGAAGCCAUGACAGGAAGAGGAGCAGAAGCAAGGAGCGCAAACGGAGCCGGGAGCGGGAGCGGAAGAAGAGCAGAAGCCGGGAGAGGAAGCGGAGCCGAAGCAAAGAGCGCAGGCGCAGCCGUUCCAGGAGCAGAGACCGCAGAUUCAGAGGCCGCUACAGAAGUCCCUAUUCUGGUCCAAAAUUCAACAGUGCUAUCAGAGGGAAGAUUGGUCUGCCUCACAGCAUCAAAUUAAGCAGACGACGCUCCAGAAGCAAAAGCCCCUUCAGAAAAGACAAGAGCCCUGUUAGGGAACCUAUUGACAAUCUUACCCCUGAAGAGAGAGAUGCUCGAACAGUAUUCUGCAUGCAGCUGGCUGCACGAAUUCGGCCGAGAGACCUGGAAGAAUUUUUCUCUACAGUAGGGAAGGUUCGUGAUGUGCGAAUGAUUUCGGAUAGGAACUCCAGGCGUUCAAAGGGAAUUGCUUACGUGGAAUUUGUUGAUGUUAGUUCCGUGCCUCUGGCGAUAGGACUAACUGGACAGAGAGUCUUGGGUGUGCCAAUCAUAGUGCAAGCAUCACAGGCAGAGAAAAACAGAGCAGCAGCAAUGGCAAAUAAUCUCCAGAAGGGCAGUGCUGGUCCUAUGCGGCUUUAUGUGGGAUCAUUACACUUCAACAUAACUGAAGAUAUGCUUCGAGGAAUUUUUGAGCCAUUUGGCAGGAUUGAAAGCAUUCAGCUGAUGAUGGAUAGUGAAACUGGACGCUCAAAAGGAUACGGAUUUAUUACGUUCUCAGACUCUGAAUGUGCCAAAAAGGCCUUGGAACAACUCAAUGGGUUUGAGCUGGCUGGUAGGCCGAUGAAAGUUGGACAUGUAACUGAGCGCACUGAUGCUUCCAGUGCUAGUUCGUUUUUGGACAGUGAUGAGUUGGAACGGACUGGAAUUGACUUGGGAACAACCGGUCGCCUUCAGUUGAUGGCAAGGCUUGCAGAAGGCACGGGCCUGCAGAUUCCCCCGGCUGCGCAGCAGGCGCUGCAGAUGAGCGGGUCCUUGGCGUUUGGAGCUGUGGCAGAUUUGCAGACAAGACUGUCUCAGCAGAAUGAAGUUCUGGCUGCAGCUGCUUCUGUACCACCACUGGCAACACAGUGCUUCCAGCUUUCCAACAUGUUUAAUCCUCAAACUGAGGAAGAAGCUGGCUGGGAUACAGAAAUUAAAGACGAUGUGAUUGAGGAAUGUAACAAACAUGGAGGAGUUAUCCACAUUUAUGUGGACAAAAACUCAGCUCAGAUUGAGAUAGCUGAAGUCACUGUGGAAAUACGGACUGGAGAGUAG